AGUUGACCUGGUCCCAGCUUACUAAGCCCCUCACUUUCUCGGAACGUGACUGAGCUGCUGUAGCCUGACCCCGGCAGCCGGCAGCUCUCUGUUAGGCGGGCUGUGGGUGGGAAAUGACGGUGAUUUCCUCCCUGCUUGGUCCACCUCGAGCAUCGACUCCCUUCUCCCGCGGCCCCAGGGCUGCAGACGUAGCAGAUCUUCUGCAGGCUGGAAAGGACCUUCCUGUCCAUUGUGACUCCUUGAUGUAGCCCUGAGAACUUCUGAAAUUUCUGGACAAUUUGGCUGCAGUGGACAUUCAGCAGAGACUCUGUGGGCCCCAUGCUCUUAUCCACCAGGCGGAGCUUGAGUCUGGAUCACUGGAGAGAACCACAGGGCAUCAUUGCAGCUGUGAUAUUUGUGGAUGUUAUUUUACUCGUAUCUUUUACUGAAUAUAAGACAUAAAUAUUUUGAGCUGACUCACCUUUGAGAGUCAAGAGAGCUCUGGUUGGAGUUGGAAGGUGAAAGAAAAUGAAUUCUUUUUCCGAUAUACCUGCCAAGAACUUAACCCUUGCAGUCAAUAUGACCAAGACUUUGUCCUCACCAGUUACACAUGGAUUUAAUUCCACUAAUGACCCACCUUCAAUGUCAAUAACAAGGCUUUUUCCAGCCUUACUAGAAUGCUUUGGCAUAGUCCUUUGUGGCUACAUAGCAGGAAGGGCCAAUGUUAUAACAUCAACACAAGCAAAAGGACUGGGAAAUUUUGUCUCCAGAUUUGCACUUCCAGCUUUACUAUUCAAAAACAUGGUCGUACUUAAUUUUUCUAAUGUGGAUUGGUCUUUUCUAUACAGUAUCUUAAUUGCCAAAGCUUCUGUAUUUUUCGUUGUAUGUAUAUUAACGUUAUUGGUUGCCAGUCCCGAUAGUCGAUUUAGCAAAGCCGGACUAUUUCCUAUUUUUGCUACACAAAGUAAUGACUUUGCAUUGGGAUAUCCUAUAGUUGAAGCUUUAUAUCAAACAACAUACCCAGAAUAUCUCCAGUACAUUUACUUAGUGGCACCAAUAUCUCUAAUGAUGUUAAACCCUAUAGGAUUUAUCUUCUGUGAAAUUCAGAAAUGGAAAGACACUCAGAAUGCUUCUCAAAACAAAGUGAAAAUUUUGGGACUUGGACUUUUGCGUGUGUUACAGAACCCAAUAGUAUUUAUGGUCUUCAUUGGCAUUGCCUUCAAUUUUAUUCUUGAUCAAAAGGUGCCUGAAUAUAUGGAAAAUUUUCUUGAUGGACUUGCAAAUUCUUUUUCUGGAUCAGCUCUAUUUUAUCUUGGUCUUACAAUGGUAGGAAAAAUAAAGAAACUAAAGAAGUCAGCAUUUGUUGUACUAAUUCUUCUCAUCACAGCUAAACUCCUGGUGCUGCCACUUCUAUGCAGAGAAAUGGUGGAACUCUUGGACAAGGACGACAGUGUAGUAAACCACACAAGUUUGUCAAAUUACGCGUUUUUGUAUGGUGUCUUUCCUGUAGCACCAGGAGUGGCUAUCUUUGCAACACAGUUCAACAUGGAAGUAGAGAUUAUAACCUCAGGGAUGGUAAUAAGCACGUUUGUGUCUGCACCGAUCAUGUACGUUUCUGCCUGGUUACUGACUUUUCCCACCAUGGACCCUAAGCCACUGGCAUAUGCCAUCCAGAAUGUUAGUUUUGAUAUAAGUAUUAUCAGCCUGGUCUCCUUGAUCUGGUCUUUGGCUAUUCUUCUUUUGAGCAAGAAAUAUAAACAGCUUCCUCAUAUGCUUACAACUAAUUUACUCAUCGCUCAGUCUGUUGUCUGUGCUGGAAUGAUGAUAUGGAAUUUUGUUAAAGAAAAAAAUUUUGUUGGACAAAUUCUGGUGUUUGUCUUAUUGUACAGCUCCCUCUAUAGCACCUACCUGUGGACAGGCCUUCUAGCAAUUUCUUUAUUUCUUUUGAAAAAGAGAGAAAGGGUACAAAUUCCUGUUGGAAUCAUCAUAAUAUCUGGCUGGGGGAUUCCUGCUCUCCUUGUUGGUGUUCUUUUGGUAACUGGAAAACAUAAUGGAGAAAGCAUUGACUCAGCCUUCUUUUAUGGAAAAGAGCAGAUGAUCAUCACAGCAGUUACCCUGUUCUGCAGCAUUGUGAUAGCUGGCAUAUCACUCAUGUGUAUGAACCGCACCUCCCAAGCAGGACGCUAUGAAGGUUUCGACCAGUCUCAGGACCGCAAAGCAGCAGAGCCGGCAAACACUGCUUUCGAGGACAGUCCAGCGCCAGUAAAUGAACCUGAAUCUUUUACAAGUUCUGUCCCAGAAACAAGUUGCUGCUCCUGCUCUAUGGGAAAUGGUGAAUUACGCUGCCCAUCUACGGAGCCAGUAGCAGACAUAACCACCAGUGGGUCUGUGACUCCUUCAUUUGAGAAAAAUGAACAUUGUGUGAGUCGCUGUAACUCCCAGAGCUGCAUAUUAGCCCAGGAAGAGGAGCAGUAUCUACACAGUGGAGACCAGCAACUGACUCGACAUGUGUUGCUGUGUUUACUUCUCAUUAUUGGCCUGUUUGCUAAUCUUUCCAGUUGUUUAUGGUGGCUAUUCAACCAAGAGCCUGGGAGACUAUAUGUUGAGUUACAGUUUUUCUGCGCUGUGUUUAACUUUGGCCAGGGGUUUAUUUCCUUUGGCAUCUUUGGAUUGGACAAACAUUUAAUCAUCCUACCUUUCAAAAGAAGACUUGAAUUCCUAUGGAACAGUAAAGAAACAGCAGAAAACAAGGAUUCUUCUGUUCCUGAGGAAAUAAAAAUGACCUGUCAACAAUUUAUCCAUUAUCACCGUGACCUCUGUAUCCAAAACAUUGUGAAGGAAAGAAGGUGUGGUGCAAGGACUUCUGCCGGGACCUUCUGUGGCUGUGACUUGGUGAACUGGCUCAUUGAAGUCGGCCUCGCCUCUGACCGUGGUGAAGCUGUGAUAUAUGGAGAUAGACUGGUGCAAGGGGGAGUCAUCCAGCAUAUCACCAAUGAAUAUGAAUUUCGGGAUGAGUACUUGUUUUAUAGAUUUCUUCAAAAGAGCCCUAAACAGAGUCCUCCCACUAUUAAUGCAGACAUUCCCCAGCAGGAAAGAUACAAAGAAAUUGAGCAUUCAUCCCCAUCCCCUGAGACUUAAGUUAUGAAGGAGACAAGCCCACAUGGAGUCAUACUUUAGUCUCAGAUCUGUUACUUAUUAGCUGUGGGACCUUUGGCAAAUCACCACGUUUCUGACCCUCAGUUGCCUCUUCUGUAAAAUUUGACAUGUUCCCACUCCAUGCUAAUAUUCUGUGAUUUUACGUGUAUGUGUAACACACAGAAAACUGACUUAGAAAAAAGAGAACCAAAUCAAAAUUUAAAGUUCUGAUAAUGAAUACAGUAAUUACUAUGUCAACAUUUUAAAACAUUGCUUCCUCCAACUGUGUGCUGUAAUUUCAAAAUCAACAUCCAAUUUACUAUUCUUUUAAAUUGCCAAAUUUGGCAGGUGUGCUGCUGGGGGGAUAUGGUCCUUAAAUUAUGACCAUUUUGCACUUAUUGAUAGCAUUUCCUAAAAAAAGUUUAAUGAUUGUAAUGAGAGGCCUUCUUAUUCUAUUUUUCCCCUUUCCUCGACAAAUAGUACUCAUUAAAAACUAGAAGCACUUUUUUUUUAAGGUUCAUCUUCUCUUGCUUUGCUAUCCAAAAUAGUAAUCUGUGCCAUUAGGAGGGGAAUAAAAACCUCCAUAAAUAUUAUUAUCUCUAAAAUGCAUCAACAGAAGUGUAGUCUAAUCUUUAACUUUUGUACUAAAAAUAAUAAUUUGAGCAGAUGCAUUUAAAUUUGCCAACAAAAUUAUUGCCAUGUGAUAUGUCAUUUCCGGUGUUUGCACAAAGCAUCUCAGAGCAGAAGGAUAACCCUAUACCUUUUCCCUGCAGUUAAAAACAAGAGAAACUAUGUAAUUCAAGUCAAGAUUUUAAAAUUCUUUACUAACAUCCUACUGUUACAUGUACAAUUUAGUUUUAAAUAUCCAUGUAUAAAAAUUUAUACAUUUGAAAAUUAUUAAAUGUUGCCCUCAGAUAAGCUUUACCUUCAGUCAAUUAAAGAGACAUCUAUUCGCAUGACCUUUGAACCUCUACUUAACUGUUAGGUGUCAGUACUGGUUUAACUUAUUGAAAACUGUUUCAAAUAUUUAUUUGUCUCAUACUUUUUAGUGUCAUAUGUAAAGGCCAUUUAGAAAAUAAUUUAUAGGGUUAAAUCACUGCCCUUUUAAUGCAACAAAAUGUAACAAAAAAAAAAAAAGCAAAAAAAAAAAACAAACCCUGCAUGGAAGCCUAGGGUAUUUAACGAGUAAAUUACACAUUAAUGUGUAGUAUUAAUCUAUACCAAUUUUAAGUUUAAUAAGGGAAUGGGGUUUUCAGCAGAACUGUCUUGCUACAUAACUUUUUUUUUUAAUGACCACAUAAUAACUCUCAGAAUGCUCAGGAGUAAGCAUAAAGCCUCACUGCUGUACAAGGAGACUUAUAGCAAUAAAGAUACUAAUUCAUAUGCAUGCAAGCAACACAAACUCAAGUGGGGAAUUUGUUUUGCUUGUGAACAAGUCAUAUUACACAUAUUAUUUGCAUGAAGGGAAUUGGAAGCAUCUUUUUCCAUGGAAGCACUAAAAGAAAACCCUGACUCAGAAAGAUCUGCAGUUUCAGAUAAUGGAAGUUUUUAAGAGAUGUUUUUAGAAUUAAGGAUAUGCUAGUUUUAUUAAAUAAAAAUAUUUGUAACUUUUACUUGCUCACUGACAGAGCAAGUUUCUCAAUAAAAUACCUAUUUUAA